AUGCGGGGAGGCGCUAUCGGAAGUUUAUACUUCCUUGCCUUCCUGUUGUUCCACUUCACUUUUGGCCAAAAUGCAUCAGACACCUCUCAAUCUCCUCUAUUUGAUACGAAUAGAGAAGAAAUUGAUGAUAAGACAGGUGAUGACGAGGUCACAACAAGUAGUGCUGAAAUAAAAUUGCCACAAUUAGAAGAUAAAGAAAGCGAUAUUGAUUAUGUAACGCAAGAUGUUUUAGAAGCGCGACGUGGAAAUACCGUGGAAGCGGAAACGGAACAAGGUGAAUUGAGUUCAAUUGAACCUACACCAGCUCACGAAGAGCAAGUCUCAAGUGAUAAACAACUGAAAUCAGGUGGUGAUGAUGAAAGUGAAGGCGAAGAGUCUCGAUUUAGUUCGGCACAUGCAAGUGCAAGUUCUUCAAAUGGCUUCUCUCAAGCCAAUACAUUUUCUGACGGAAGUUUUGGUGUUAUGCCUCCUUAUGGAUUUCUUUCACCCGAUUUGCUCCCCAGUUCUACUCAAGCUUUUGGUAAUGCACAAGCUACAGCAUCUAGUGGAAACCCUUUCUUCGAAUCGUUCUCGUACUCAGCUCCGUCAAGUCCUUAUCUGGGACUAGGAACUUAUUCCUCGGCGGAUGCCAUUGCGCAAACUCAAGGAGAUUAUAACAGAUGGAAUCCUUUUAUGCCAAGUGGUUACUUCCCUGACGUAAGUUAUACCUCGGCUGCAGCCCAAGCUGACGCCGGAGGAUGGAAUUCACAUGAUUCAAGUUUCUUUAAUCCAGAUUCAAGUUAUACUACAGCUGUAGCACAAGCCGAUUUGCGAUCUGGAUGGGAUCCAUAUGGUCCAGGAAUUUACCCAAGUAAUGGUUUAUCUGCAGCAGAAGCUCAAGCAACUUCCGUUGGAUUUUACAGUCCAGGUCAAGAUGAAAUUGUGUGCCGGCGGCCUGGGGAUUUGUACAGUAUAUUGACAUUGGACAGCCAGUGUCUGAUUUGUACAUGCAGCGAAGUUCUAGGACAAUUACUGCCUGUGUGCGUUGGCUGUGACUCAUGUUUCGCUACACCAAUACCGGUACCGGAACCGGAACCUUUGCCGGUUCCAAUACCGCUACCUCCACUGCCUCCACCCGAGCCACAACAUUCAUGUUCACCGCUACCAGACGACACGCCCUUCCAGAAUCCAUUGAACCCUUGCCAAAUAUGUAUUUGCCAGCAUGUAUUCAAUGCGAUCGGACAGCCCGAUAUACAAAUCAACUGCGAGGAGAACCCAGACUGCGAUAUACUGAUUAAUCAGACUCGCAAAUCAAUGAAUUUCAUCAGUUCAGAUAAAACCCUCUCUGUUACAGGAACGCCGUUCGAUAUCAGUCCGAUACCACCCAUACCUGUGCCGCCGCAACCCGUUCCUAUGCCCCUCUGUGAGAAGUUCCCACCCGACAUAUUCUUCCCUCAUCCGACAGAAAGUUGCACAAUUUGUCAGUGUAUCGUUGAGGUAUUGCCCUUUGGCAUACCGGAACAGCGAAUACUAUGCAUGCCGAAUCCUGACUGCGAAGAACCCUGGUCGAUUCCAGAACCAUGGCCUAUUCCGGAACCACUUGAACCGUGGCCUAUUGUUGAGCCUAUGCCACCUAGUCCAGAGCCAUGGCCAAUACCAGAAUUCGUACCACCUGUCCCAGAGCCAUUGCCUACACCCGAGUUCAUACCUCCUGAGCCAGAACUAUUGCCCAUACCCGAAUUUAUUCCAGCAGAACCGGAACCAUGGCCGAUACCAGAAUUCGUACCAAUUAUCCCAGAACCACUACCUCUACCAGAGAUCAUACCCCAAGAGCCAGAACAAUGGCCAGUACCCGAAUUCAUUCCAGCAGAACCGGAACCGUGGCCAAUACCCGGAUAUCUUCCAUCAGAACCUGAACCAUGGCUUAUUCCGGAACCUUUACCUCCAGUGCCAGAACCUUGGCCGACGCCCGAUCUGUUACCACCUGCCCCCGAGCCUUGGCCAAUUCCUGAGUUUAUACCUUCUGAGCUUGAGCCUUUGCCUAUUUCUCAAGAUUCACCGUUGGUACCAUGGCCAUCACCCGAAUUUGUUCCAUCUCAGCCCGAGCCAUGGCCUGUACCAGAAUACAUCCCUCUUCAGCCCGAGCCAUGGCCUAGCCCUGAACUACCACCUACUCCAGAAAUAUGGCCUCUUCCUGAACCGAUACCUGUUGCACCAGAACCUUGGCCUAUUAUAGAAACACCAGAACUAUGGCCCGUGCCACUUCCAGAAUCGGAUCUAUUGCCACAACCCAUAAUUCCCGAACCACAUGAAUCUUGCCGACCAUAUCCUCCGAACAUACCAUUCCAACAUCCUUGGGAUGAAUGCAGAAUUUGUGUCUGCAGUGAGUUCCACGCCAGAGGCAUCACCAAUAUCGAAGUUAAUUGUAAUACGAAACCAUCGUGCUGCGUUGAACUACCAUUCCCAGAGCCGAAUCCGCAACCAUUACCCCUUCCCUCGCCCAUUCUGCAACCACAUCAGUCCUGCCAAUAUCAAGAAAUGGGAUCCGAAUUCAUAGCCUUGGAGGACGUCUGCAAAGUGUGCACCUGUCAACUAUACGGAAACUUCGUAGCGCCAGUCUGUAGACGCUCCAGCAGACCCGAAUAUCUAUCGUACCUAGCAAGCGGAUCAUUCAGUUCUGCAGACGCAAUUGCAAGUGCACAAGCAAAUUCGUAUGGUUUGACAGAAUCACUAGCUCAGGCACAAGCUCAAGCUGCGUCCGAUUCCCUUUACAACCCUGCAUCAGCUGAAGCCAUAGCUCUAACGCAAGCUCUCUCAAGCGUUGGAUCUAGUUCCGCAUUCGCUGAGAGCUUCUCUAAUACCGGCAAUGAGUAUCCAUUUGGAGUAGUUUUCCCGGGAUCGAUUGAGGCAACUGCAUCGGCCCAGUCUAACGCUUUAAUCAACAUUCCACCGGAUACUAACGCUUAUCCAUUCUAUGAAACUAACAGCUACGGCGCAGCUGGAAGUCAAGUCACAGGAGAUUUAGCUUAUUCCCAGGCAUUAGCUAGUGCUACACAGAGUCCUCUAGGUGUCCUUGGAAGCCAAUCCUAUGCCACGGCAGACUCGUUUGGAAACGGCCAAAUGUAUACGGGUUUAUAUGAAGGCUAUCCUUUCUAUGGUGGGAUGCCUGGUAUAGGUCAAAUUCAACCUAGCCCAGGUGCUCCCCAACUGUAUCCGGGUCUCUUCCAAUAUCCUUACGGUCAGAUGCCAGAGCUGUUACCUCCGGGAAUUGGCGGAUGGGAUAGGUCAAUUUUGGGACAAACUGGGGGAUCCGGUGUGCAGAGUUUGCGGGAGAUUUCGGCGAUGUCCGGCCGACCAUUAAUACGCUCCGGACCUGGCCUUUGCAAGUAUAGCGGCGACAAGUACCAUCAUAACUGCCAAGCGUGUUUCUGCUUCCAAGACGCAAGUGUAACAAUAUGCCAGCUAACCCUGACCCCUCUGGGGCUGGAGCAUCCCGAUGUUAUAGAUGUAGCGGGGUUCGGUGAUGCGGAGCACAGAGGGGACAGAUGGUACGAGUACGUCGAGGAUUCUUCGGGACAGAGCGGAAGCGAUUUGAAAACUAGUGCGUCUGGUGUUAAGAGCAGCUCUAUAUCGUCCGGCUCGGGCAGCGUGUCUUCGAGUUUGUCGUCCGAAGCGUCGUCUAUUGAAACUAAGGAGGUCCGACUCGCAACGAAAACCUACCGGCAAUGCACCCCUUGUCCGCACGAUAUGAUGAAGAAAUACGUAAACUUCGGCAUUAAGUGGAUAUGCGCAUCGUACCAACGCGCGCGCAGAUCAUUCAAGAGCGAGUGCAUGAUGCGGUACAGGAAUUGUCAGGAUGGGACAAUGGAUUUAUCAUCAGCCUUGAUAGAAAAUGCUACAGUUAUGGAUAUUAACAACAACAUAAACGGAGACACCCGAAGAAGAAAGAACAAGUUGAAAGAAAUAUCUACAUCUUCGUCAGAGGGCGACAUAAAAUCUGGUAAAUCAAGCAAGGAUGAGAGAUUUGAGUCACUGGACAUCUCUGCUUCUUCAACGUCGUCUUCGGAGAAAAGACAUCACCCAAAGUCUUCAAAGGAGAGAAGGGGAUGGAGAAAAUGGCAUCGCAAAUGUACUCCGUGUCCCGACGAUAUGGUAAAGAAGUGGAAAGACCCGACAAUAGAGUGGAUUUGUGGCGGGUACCAACGCGCGAGGAGAUCAUUCAAGAGCCUCUGCAUGAUGCAUUACAGGAACUGCCAGGACGGCACUAUGUUUGUCAAGAUACACGACAAUCGCUGCCCAAACAGUACAAGCUUAGAUCAGCCUUACGGCGUUCACUUCUUCUACGACUACGACGUCAAGUCUAGAUCGAGCAAAACCUCCGAUUCGACCAUCGAAAGCGAUUCCAGUUCUGAUAUCUAUGAUCUAUGA